ACAGACCCAAAGGCUCUCCUCAUCUGAAGCAUCCGUGGCUUUCCUUGGAGAUGUAACCUGCCUUUUCUGUUUUUAAUCAAUCAUCUCUGUACUCUGUUCUGCCUGCGUCGCUUUCGGCUGCAUCGCUAGCACUAGCAGCGGGGUGGGGUGGGGGUCGUAGUCGUGCUAAGCAAGCAGCGAUCCGCACCAGAAUCCAUCCAAUCGCGCGGCCAUGGGCGACGGCGAGACGCGGCUGGUGGCCGCCGCGACGGCGAGGAAGUGGCUGGAGGACCCGCGCGUGGGGUACGACGGCGGCGUCGGCAGCCAGGCGCUGAGCUGCGUGGCGAUCGCCGGCGCGCGGGUCUCCGUCGCCGAGCGCGGCCGCGUCGUCUGCUCGCUCCGCGUGCGCGCCCCCGUCGCCGACGCGGAGGGGAGGUGGCACGCCGGAGCGAUCGCGGCGGCGGUGGACUGCGUGUGCUCGGCGGUGGCGUACACGGUGGAGGCCGCGCCCACGGCUACCGUCCACUACAGCUUGUCCUACUUCUCGCCGGCCGAUCGCGACGCACGAGCUCGGACUCGGUCUUUGGGGCCGGCCGGGAUCAGAAUCAGACGCGGGUACGAGCGGUGCCGCGGCAUUGUCUGGAUCUUGCACUGGGGAACGCAUCGCAUCGUGGGCCGUUAGGGUAUGUACAGUGGUGUUUAAUGUGCAGGCUCUUAAGGUGUUUUAGGGGUUAUUUGCAAAAAAAUCUUAGAGCCGUCUCUCCGUGAAGAGACGUCUCUGGCUCGUAAACCAAGUAACAACAGACGCCUCACUUCCCACUGUACGAAUUUGUCGUCUGUUCUAUCGAUCUGAUGCUAUACAAAUACAUUUAAUUCUGUAUUUAUUAAUAGACUACGUUUAGAGACACUCCAUUGUACAAUAGAGUCUCUUAGUUGUCUCCUGUGCUUGGAGAACCGUUUUGGUGUCUCUCCACUGUACAUGCCCUUAAUUGGGUAUCGCUUGCUGUUCGCUUAUUUAUCCUGUGAUUGUUAUGUGGUU